GAGGCGAUGAUUGCCAUCAGCACCCUCAACGGCACGGAGCUCGGCGGCCAGGCAUUGCAGGUGGACGCGUGGGCCAAGCCAGAGGGCGCGGGCACCCCGCAGUGGACGCCUGCCCCAGGCGAUUGGAACUGCCCCAGCUGCUCGGACCUCAACUUCGCGCGCAACGUGGAGUGCAGAAAGUGCGGCACGCCCCGGCCAGCCGAUGCAGGACCCGCGGCAGCGGGCCACCAGCAAGUCGGUUCGGCGCGGCGCAGCAGCAGCAAGCAGAGGUUCAGCAGCAGCGGCCUGCGGGGUACGGAGACCGCAGCCUGGACUGGACGUGCCCGUCCUGCGGCUACCACGUCUUCGGCCACAACCACCAGUGCCGCAAGUGCGGCACGUCGCGGCCGCCCGACGGCGCGGGCGCCAUGUCCCCGCAGGGACAGGCGCAGCAGUGGCAGCCGCAGGGGCAGCCUCAGCAGUUCCAGCAGCAGCAGCCCGACGGCGGCGAGGACGGCAAGGGCAAGGGCAAGGGCAAGUUUCCGUCGCAUCCGGGCGACGUCGCGGAGCUGGAGAAGCAGCUGGCGGCAGCGCGGCAGCAGCUGGCCACCGGAGGGAAGUCUGAGAGUAACGCGAUGGAGGUUGACGUCGAGAGUGGAGAUCUGCCGCCGCAGACCCCCGCUCAGAUCCGUGUUCGGCUGGACGAGAUCGAUGAGGCCAUGCGGGCAAUCAAGGACCUCAAGGACCCCUGCUUCGAGAAGGCUAGGAAGGACUACGAGGUGGAGCGCAAGCGGCUGCGGAUGGACUUGGAGGCGUCCAAGCCAGUGCCUGCGCAGCUGCGUUCUUUGUCACUCCAGCCGGCCAAGUGGAACACCAAGAAGGCCAAGCACGAGGGCCUGCUGGCGGCCGCCAAGAAGGAGUUGCAGAAGCUGCAGGAGACCAUCCGCGAGCAGGAGCAGUUGGUGGUCGAGGCUGAGCAGGCAGGCGAGCUUGUGGCAGCCCUCGGCAUCACGGUCGACAAACUGGGAGGCAUCUUGGCAGGACUCGGAGACGACGGUCACUUGCAAGCGAAGUUGGACUCGGCCUUGGAGGAGGUACGGGUACUGGAGGAGCGCAGGAGACAGGGGCGGACGACACCCGAGGCAGCACAGCAUGCGAACUCUGAGCCGCAGCGGGAGGCCGCCCCUCACGACGAUGCCAGGUCUGAGCCUGGAGGAGUCGACGUACCAACACCAGACGACACGGACCUGGAGGAGCUGCGUGCUUUCCUGGGGCACGCUGGUGUUGCUGUGCAGCCCGAGGCCGACGAGGCAACGAUCCGUGGGAGCGUUCGCAAGCUGGCCGAAGGGCUCAAUGAAUGGAGAAGUGAGAAGCGUGCCAAGGUCCAGGAGCCUGGCGGCAGUGCUGCUUAUGUUGAGGUGGCCAGGGCGCACUGCCUGGGUCGGAGCGGCGGCGGCAGUGCCGAGGGCCGCGGCAAUGGGCGCGGAGGGCGAGCCGCGGACGCGCGGGUGGCCGAUGCCUCGUCCCACGCCCAACCUCCUGCUCGAGACGUCGACGGACGCCCAGACGCGAUGCUGCACGCGAUGGGCCAAGCCAUGGCGCUGGAGGCCUAG